AAACAGUGUGACCGCCCAGGGAGUGCAGCCAUAUACUGUCAUGUGACCGUAGACGGAGCACGGAAAUAUACCAGGUGUCAGCCUCUUUAUUUCAAUAUCACUUGCGAACGUCGGCAUAAAAUAUUUUUCCGGCUUUUCAAAAUGUUUUCACUUUUGCACAAAGAGGAAAACGCGCACGAUAAUGCGCUGUGGGCCUGCACCUGGGGCCGUGAUACAGCCGAUCCGGAUCCGGAUGACGCUGGCCUGGACACCGAGGAGGACAACCCCUUCGACUUCGACAAAAAAGAGGCACGUCCUAAGGAUUUUAUAGUUACGGGUGGCCUUGACGACUUGGUCAAGGUAUGGGACUUGCGCGAGGACAACACCUUAAAGCUGCGUCACAAAUUGAAGGGACAUGCCCUAGGAGUCGUCUCCGUGGCUGUUAGUUCAGAUGGACAAAACAUAGCCAGUAGUUCCUUGGAUUCCACUAUGUGCUUGUGGGAUGCCCGGUCAGGCGAAAAGAAACAUCUGCUCACUUUCGGUCCCGUUGAUCUGUGGACUGUGGAAUUCUCGCCCUGCAACAAGUAUGUGAUCUCCGGGCUAAAUGAUGGCAAAAUCUCUAUGUACAGUGUGGAAACGGGAAAGGCAGAGCAAACAUUAGAUGCCCAAAAUGGCAAAUAUACCCUUAGUAUUGCCUAUAGCCCUGAUGGAAAGUACAUAGCCAGUGGAGCUAUAGAUGGUAUUAUUACCAUUUUUGAUGUAGCAGCUGGCAAAGUGGUUCAAACUUUGGAGGGUCAUGCGCUGCCCGUUCGCAGCCUCUGCUUUUCGCCCAACUCCCAGAUGCUGCUUACUGGAUCCGAUGAUGGUCACAUGAAGCUUUAUGAUGUGACUCAUUCGGAUGUCGUGGGCACACUAUCCGGCCACGCUUCCUGGGUACUGUGCGUAUCCUUCUCCGAAGAUGGGAAGCAUUUUGCAAGUUCAUCAAGCGAUCGUAGUGUCAAGGUGUGGGACACCUCUGAACGCAAGUGCCUUCACACAUUCGCCGAACACUCCGAUCAAGUGUGGGGUGUUCGCUAUAGCCCGGGCAACGACAAGGUUGCUUCGGCCUCCGAAGACAAAUCCCUUAACGUUUACUAUUGCCCGCCUAAUGCGAUUGUGUAAUUCCCAUUCGUACAUUAAAGCGUAGGUUUAAACAAUAA